AUGAAAAAAGUGUUGAUUUCAUUUGAUUCAUUUAAAGAUUGUAUUGGAUCAUUCCAGUUGGGCACAAUUGUAGAUCAGUGUUUAAAAGAAUUUUAUGACGAAAAUAAAAUAGCAAAUAUCGAGGGAAAUGAAAUUUUGAGAAUUAGCGAUGGUGGUGAAGGGUUGUUAGAAUGUUUGCAAUACAGUUUAAAUUUAGAUAUCAAGCAAUUUAAUGCAGAUGAUGGAAUUAUUGGACCAUUGGGAACAGUGUUGGAAAGUUGUAGAUAUGCAUAUCAUCGAGAGGAGAAUUACGCAGUUAUUGAAAUGGCAGAGGCCUCUGGUAUCCAACUCGUCCCAGUCAAGAAGAGAACACCAUUUUUAACAACUACUUAUGGCACUGGUCAAUUGAUUUUGGAUGCAAUUAAAAGUGGAUUUAAAAAAAUUUAUAUAGGUGCAGGUGGCUCAGCCACCAACGAUGCAGGUCUAGGUGCUCUUCAAGCUUUGAAAACCAUUAAUGUCAAAAUCAAUCACGAUGAGCACUACUACAAGCCGAUACUAUUUGGUAAAGAUAUUACAAAUAUUACAUCGAUUGAUGUAAAUCAAGAGUUUGUGUAUAGCGACAUAGAGUUUUACUUUUUAAGCGAUGUAAAGAACCCAAUGGUUGGUCCCAAUGGUGCGGUGUACAGCUUUGCGGGUCAAAAGGGUGCGAGCGAAAAUGAUAAAAUAAUAUUGGAGCAGGGUAUGGUAAAUGUCAGUAAACUAUACCCUAUCGAUAUCAGCACUAUAGAAGGAACAGGCGCAGCAGGUGGUUUAGCAUCAGGGUUUAUGUCGAUUUUUAACCAACAUUGUAAAAUUAUAAAUGGAAUGAGUUUUGUAUGUAAUUCGUAUCAUCUCGAAGAGCGUCUUGAGAAUGGAGAGUUCUCUUUAAUGAUAACUGGUGAAGGUUGUUUUGACGAUACUACAUUAUCAGGCAAGGUGGUUUCCAGAAUGAUGUCAAUAUGCCAACAGCAUAACAUACCUCUAUUAAUAAUCUGUGGUAUGAAAUCAAUUUCAAAUCCAAACUAUCAAACAUUCAAUCCCGAAACAUGUAAAAUAUUCGAUCUUGUAUCCCAAUUUGGUUCUAACGAAUCACUAAACAAUACCAAACAUUGUAUCAAUCAACUAUUUGUCAAAAACCAAAAUCUAAUUAAUUUUCUAAAAAAAAUACUUUAA